AGAGCAGCCAUAAUUGACAAGAAAAGUGAUUGUGUAGUAGUGCAAUAUUUUGUGAAUUUGCUGUAUUUUAAGAAGCAAUAUAUUGCAAUAAAACAUAUGUGUUAUGGUGCAUUAGGGAUCCAGGAAGAGUAUAUUUAUGGAUGGUGCUAAUAAUAAGAAAAUAGAGAGCCUGGGUAAAAUGACAGCGAUGACGCAGGAAGAGAUCGUGGCGGCCGUGAAAACGGUGGCCCAAGGCCUGGAGGCCCUCAGGUCCGAGCACGCCGGGAUCCUGCACGGGAUACAUGAGGCCCCCGAUCCGGUCGUCAGCGAAAGGGCCGGACUCGUGCAGCAGAGCGCCGAAAUGAUCGAGCUGGGGCUCGGCGAGGCACAAGUUAUCAUGGCGCUGGCCUCGCACUUGCAAUUGGUCGAGGCGGAAAAACAAAAGCUGCGAACGCAGGUUCGCCGUCUGUGCCAGGAAAACGCCUGGCUUAGGGACGAGUUGGCUUCCACGCAACAAAGGCUUCAGUCGAGUGAGCAGUCAGUGGCGCAGCUUGAAGAAGAAAAAAAGCACCUGGAAUUUAUGAAAGCUGUUAAAGUCUACGAUCAAGAUUUAAAUGACGACACAGCUUCGGAACACUCGAGAAAUGAAAAACCUGACCCUGUCGUGGACUUGUUCCCUGAUGACGACAACGAUGAUAGAAACAAUAUGUCGCCUACGCCGCCGAACCAGCUGCAACUGUCCCAGCAGGUGAACGCAGGGUACGAGAUACCGGCGCGCCUGCGCACUCUGCACAACCUGGUGAUCCAGUACGCGUCCCAGGGCCGUUACGAGGUCGCCGUGCCGCUGUGCAAGCAGGCCCUGGAAGACUUGGAGCGCACCAGCGGCCACGAUCACCCAGACGUCGCCACCAUGCUUAACAUUUUAGCUCUGGUGUACAGAGACCAGAACAAGUACAAGGAGGCGGCCAACUUGCUCAACGACGCGCUCACGAUCCGGGAGAAGACGCUGGGAGAGAAUCACCCGGCCGUGGCGGCGACGCUGAACAAUUUGGCGGUGCUGUACGGCAAGAGGGGCAAGUACAAGGAGGCGGAACCUCUGUGCAAGCGCGCGCUGGACAUCAGGGAGAAAGUGCUGGGCAGGGAGCAUCCCGACGUUGCCAAGCAGCUCAACAAUUUGGCGUUGUUGUGUCAGAAUCAGGGCAAAUACGAGGAGGUGGAAAAGUACUACCAGCGCGCUCUGGAAAUCUACGAGAAACGUUUGGGGGCCGACGACCCGAACGUCAGCAAAACGAUGAACAACCUGGCGUCGUGUUACCUGAAGCAGGGCAAAUACAAGGAAGCGGAAGUGCUUUACAAGCAAAUCCUGAACAGGGCCCACGAACGGGAGUUCGGAACGAUUGACGUCAACAACAAGCCAAUCUGGCAGGUGGCCGAAGAAAGGGAGGAGAACAAGGCGAAAAAUCGCGAAAACGCCCCAUACGGAGAGUACGGCGGCUGGCACAAGGCCGCCAAAGUGGACUCUCCCACCGUCACGACCACCUUGAAAAACCUCGGGGCCCUCUACCGAAGGCAAGGGAAGUACGAGGCCGCCGAAACGCUGGAAGAUUGCGCAUUGAGGAGCAGAAAAGAGCAUGUGCAACAAGCUUUAGACAUCGUAAAGCACUCAAAAGUGGCGAGUAUCCUUGGAGAUUCUGAGAGACGCAAGUCUGGCAGUAUUAAGGACAAAAAUUCCCGACGGGGAUCCAGGGAAUCCUUGGAAAUGUCCUACGACGGCGAAGAGAACCCGGCCAGGACCCCUGACACAGAAAAAAGCGGAUUAAAAUCGAAAAUCUUUAACGCGCUCGGCAUCCACUCCCCAGUAGGAAAACCAAGUUCUUAAUUUAACCUUACAUUUUAAGCUGCAAAAAAUAAUUUAUUUUCAUUGCUGCAAAGCGAAAGAAGGCUUUCCUUUAUUAUUUUUAUAUGCAAGACGAUUUAAUACGUUUAAUUUUAUCGAAAAAAAAUCAUGGUUAAAGGUUUUUGUAGCAGUAUUAUAUUACUUAAUAAUUUAGUUGAAAAUUAAGUCUUCUUGUAUAUUAAUUUUUUUCUAUUCUAACAUUUAAAUUAAUAAAAUUGUUAAUGUUUUAAAUACAUUCCAUCUUCAUAAAGCAACAUUUUAGAUCAACACGGCAAUUUAUUUAACCCCUAAAAAUAAAUAUUUUGUUAAAGAACCCAACAACUUUGGUUGUCUGUGAUAAUAAGUUUCAUUUAACGAAUUUUAAUAUAUACACAGUUUAUUGUCAAUUUUAAUAGGUUUUAACAAAAUAUCUAUAAUCGCUAAUAAUAUUAAAAAAUUUGAAUAAAAAUUACCGCAAACUAAAAAAGCCUCAUAAAUUUUAGAAUUGUCAAAAUAACUUGUGAUUAAAAUGCAUUUACGGAUUUAAAACAAUAGUCAAGGUUAAAAUGUAUCCCUAUUCAUAACCACAUCACAAAAAUAUGUUUUAAGUUUUUAAAUUAAAAAAUAUACAAAAAGUCAAUUAAUAUCAAUGUGGCUAUGAGUAAGGACUUAUAGUUUUUAUUAUUGUAGAUUCAAUAUUUUUAUUUUAUUCAGUUAAUUUUAUUUAUUUUAAUAAUAUAUAAAAAGUGUCUUAUACGGGGUUU